GCAAAGCUGCUGGAUUGCCUGGGGGAGGGGGCAUCCAUUUAGGACCCGGGUUAGCCCAGGAGCUGCUGAAUUCCUCUUGGGAUCGUGGUGACUUGUGGAUAGCAGGCUCUGCUGGUUCACUUCCAUCACUGCAAACAUGGUGAUCAAAGUCUUUGUGGCCACAUCUUCGGGGUCUACAGCGAUAAAAAAGAAGCAGCAAGAAGUCGUGGGCUUUUUGGAGGCCAACAAGAUUGACUUUCAGCAGAUGGACAUAGCAGGGGAUGAGGACAACAGGAAAUGGAUGAGAGAGAAUGUCCCAGGUGAAAAAAAGCCUCAAAAUGGAAUUCCCCUCCCUCCACAGAUCUUCAACGAGGAGCGGUACUGCGGGGUAAGAAACUGUUUGGAUGUUUAAAUACCUUCAGAGAGUUGUUUGCCACAGGAAGUGACU